GAUCCGGUUAAAGGCUAAAAAGAACAUACGUUGGGAUUGUGGGGAUUUGGGAACUCGGCCAUGGUUUAUGAGAGGACUACGUGCGUUUAUAACCUAAGAGAAUCCAGCGCGUUUCGGAAGACGAAAAAAAGAAGGAACAACGGUCGUGCCAAAAAGGGCCGCGGCCAUGUACAGCCUAUUCGCUGCACCAACUGCGCCCGGUGCGUGCCCAAGGAUAAGGCCAUUAAGAAAUUCGUCAUUCGAAACAUAGUAGAGGCCGCCGCCGUCAGGGACAUUUCGGAAGCGAGUGUCUUCGACUCUUAUGUGCUUCCCAAGCUCUAUGUGAAGCUGCAUUACUGCGUGAGUUGUGCCAUUCACAGCAAGGUGGUCAGGAAUCGAUCUCGUGAAGCCCGGAAGGACCGAACACCUCCACCCCGAUUUAGACCUGCUGGUGCCGCCCCACGACCCCCACCAAAGCCCAUGUAAGGACCUGGGUUUUAAUGGACCGAAGAAAACCCAUCUCCAGGCAGAGGGAAUGAACUAAUAAAAUAGAUGUUAUACUUUAUACAGCA